GCGCUGGGAGCUAGCAUGUCAGCCGUGGUCCUGGAGAACGGAGGCUCGGUCAGGAAACUCAGCGACUUUGGGCAGGAAACAAGCUAUAUUGAAGACAACUCCAAUCAAAAUGGUGCCAUAUCACUGAUCUUCUCACUCAAAGAAGAAGUUGGUGCGCUGGCCAAAGUCUUACGUUUAUUUGAGGAGAAUGAUAUAAACCUGACCCACAUUGAAUCAAGACCUUCACGUUUAAAGAAAGAUGAGUAUGAAUUUUUCACGUAUCUGGAUAAACGCAGCAUGCCCGCUCUGGCAAACAUCAUCAGAAUCUUGAGGCAUGACAUUGGUGCCACUGUGCAUGAGCUUUCCCGGGAUAAGAAGAAAGACACAGUGCCCUGGUUCCCAAGAACCAUUCAAGAGCUCGACAAAUUUGCCAAUCAGAUUCUCAGCUAUGGAGCGGAACUGGAUGCAGACCACCCCGGCUUUAAAGAUCCUGUGUACCGAGCAAGACGGAAGCAAUUUGCUGACAUUGCCUACAACUAUCGACAUGGGCAGCCCAUCCCUCAAGUGGAAUACACGGAGGAAGAAAAGAAAACAUGGGGGAUAGUGUUCAAGACCCUGAAGUCCUUGUACAAAACCCAUGCUUGCUACGAGCACAACCACAUUUUCCCACUUCUGGAAAAGUACUGUGGCUUCCGCGAAGAUAACAUUCCCCAGCUCGAAGAGGUUUCUCAAUUUCUGCAGACUUGUACUGGUUUCCGCCUGCGACCUGUGGCUGGCCUGCUUUCUUCUCGGGAUUUCUUGGGUGGCCUGGCCUUUCGAGUCUUCCACUGCACUCAGUACAUCAGACACGGGUCCAAGCCCAUGUAUACACCUGAACCUGACAUCUGCCAUGAGCUGUUGGGACAUGUACCCUUGUUUUCCGAUCGCAGCUUUGCCCAGUUUUCGCAGGAAAUCGGCCUCGCCUCUCUGGGUGCCCCUGACGAGUACAUUGAGAAACUCGCAACAAUUUACUGGUUUACUGUGGAGUUUGGGCUCUGCAAGCAAGGAGACUCCAUAAAGGCAUAUGGUGCUGGGCUCCUGUCAUCCUUUGGUGAAUUACAGUAUUGCUUGUCAGGCAAGCCGAAGCUCCUUCCUCUGGAACUGGAGAAGACCGCUCUCCAGCAGUACACAAUCACAGAGUUCCAGCCCCUGUAUUACGUGGCUGAGAGUUUUAAUGAUGCCAAGGAGAAAGUGAGGAACUUUGCUGCUAUAAUCCCACGGCCCUUCUCAGUUCGUUAUGACCCAUACGCCCAGAGGAUUGAGGUCUUGGACAAUACCCAGCAACUUAAGAUUUUGGCUGACUCCAUCAAUAGUGAAGUUGGAAUCCUUUGCAGUGCCCUCCAGAAAUUAAAGUGAAGCCAUGCGCUGAACCUGAUCCGUCAACUUGAGAAUCUGCUGAUGGAAAUCCAACUACUUCUUUCAUUUCAUCUGAAAAAGUCUGAAAAG